AUGGAGGAUGAAGCUUUAGGAGCAUUUAAAUGGAGUCAUUGGAGGGCCUUCAAGCUAUGGGAGAAUGCAUGGGAGAAGAAGUCAAGAGUCCAAGACCCAAGAAGAUUCAAUAGUAUUGACUUCAGGCAUACUCUAAGGGCUCAGAAUGAGUUCGUAGACGCAUUGGCCACAAUAGCGUCUAUGAUCCAACACCCUGAGAGAACCUACAUUGAUCCGUUAGAGAUCAUGCUGAGAGAAGAGCAGGCUCACUGCACCUAUGUAGAGGACGAGCCAGAUGGCCGACCAUGGUACACUGACAUUAAGGCCUACCUGGAAAAAAGGGAGUAUCCCCUAGAGAAUUCAGCAAAUCAGAAGAAGACCAUCAGGAGAUUGGCCAAUGGUUUCUUCUUGAACAAGGAAGUACUAUACAAAAAGACCCCUGAUCUCGGGUUGCUCAGAUGCGUGGACGCCAUUGCUAAAAGAAGUGCAUGCGACGGCAUGCAGACCCCACAUGAUUCGAUUUGCCCUUGCUAA